AUGGCGAAGACAAACGUAUCCUGGGACACCGUCGGGCCUUUUCUCGUGUGGCAGUUUCUCAUUCCAUUAGUCGCAGGAUGGACGCAGGCUGUCCUCUACAGUAUCUUUAUCCGCGCGGGCGACCCCAAGCCUCAACCUGGCUCCGCGCGCUUCGUUAAGCACCGCCGCCACAUCCUGAUCGCUAUCUACGCAGCAUACUUCGCUUUCACUAUCUACGAGGUUGACUUCAACCUGCAACGGUCGAGUAACGCGUACAAUGACCUAGGCGUGCCCAUUGAUGUCGACGAAAGCGCUCUCAACUCACGAUUUAGGAGAUUGACGAUACGCUAUCACCCGGACAAGGUAGGGCCAAACAUCGAUCGAGAUAGGGCGAAUGACUACUACGUGCAUCUGAAGCAUGCAAGGGAUAUGAUACUGGACCCUGCGAAGCGGUUUGCGUAUGACCGCUUUGGACCCGACAUCUUUGGACAGUGCCAAACUUGCCUGACGGUCAAGGAGUUCACGGACAGCGGUCUCUUGACUGCAGGCACGACUUAUGGCGCGCUGCUCAUCAUCCUUAUUGGCGCAAAUGCCCUGGGCUUUCUUACAGACGGUUCCUACUGGCGGUAUCUCGGCCUGCUCGCCGUCGCGACCUUCGAACUUCGCACCGCACUGCGUCCCGACCAUCCUACCUUCAUAUCGAAAUACCUGAACCCAUUCGUAAUGUCUUCGAACCUCCGACCAGCAUAUUUGCCUUUCCAAAUCAUCGCUAUCACCAAGAAAGCCUCCAUCUCGCUCGUUCAAUUCCUUAGCCUCCUGAUGCCGCUCUAUCGCGCCAAUUCCCAACAGUCCGCCCCAGUCAGCGACGAUACCGACGAGACGCGGCACAAGCAGCUUGACCGCCUCAACGCAUUCGUCGCAGAGUCGAACAAGGAUGCGAGCCGGUUGUUGGAUCUAGAGAGCAUACCAUAUCGGGAUAACGAGAAGGCGAAGAGCGAGUUGAAGGAGGCGUUGAAGAAGUAUAUGGUCCAAAAUGUUGUGCAUCAGGAGAAGGAAGUGAGGAAUGCGAUCGGGCAGAGUAUGACCAGACGCAGAACAGGUGUGCCCCAUGGGGCUCAAGGGACACGAUAG